GCCAAUAAACGAAAGCCGCAUACUUCCGUUUCAGAGUUCAGAUCGGGUCCGAAGUGUUUCUCUCCCUCACUCUCUCAAUCUCUCUCGAACAUUCUUCUGCUCUCGGGAAAGCUCAGAGGAGGCGCGAUAACCACCACCAUGGUUGUGGUGGCCCGGGCUUCUUCUCGGGCUGAGGUGCUCACGAUGUUCCGCUCUUUCCUUCGAGUGGCUCGUAAGUUCACCGACUACAACAUCAGGGAGUACACGAAACGCCGAACCGUCGACGGUUUUCGUCAGAAUCGGAACCUUUCGGACCCGUCUGCCAUCUCCUCCGCCUUCUCAGACGGGAAGGCUCAGCUGGAGGUCGCCAAUCGGCAGGCUCUCGUUUACUCUCUCUACGCUCCUAAGCUCAAGAGCGUCAUGGAGGUUCAGAACCCAAUCAAGCACUGAAUUUGAUUCUUUCCAGGUUUGCCAGACCUUCACUUCUACUGACAAGCGAUUUCAUGGAACUUUUAUAACGCUGUAGCUUAUCGGACUCCUCGGGGCCUCAGAUUUGUAUUUAGGCCUUUAAGUUUGAGUUUUUGGGUUUAAAGGUGUAAUUAGUUAUGAAUUUUGAGUACCCUUGAGGAAUAUCUGUUUGCAUUUUUUGCAAUAAAGAAUAAUUUUAGAACCUUUCUUCUGGUACA